AUAGUUUUCUGAAAAUUAAAUAGGUGAGAGUUUAUGAGCAAUUGUCUCAUUUCUCGUAAGUCAUAAUUCAUGAAGACCGCCAAGUUCACCAUCCCACUUCAGCAAAGCAAACAAGUUUUGUAUUCUUCAAUCUCAGAAGCUCUGACUUCUGCUUCAAACUCCAAACAACUCCACAAGGUCCACUCUCUCAUUGUCACCCUCGGACUUGAACAUUCCGUCUUCCUUUCUGGCAAACUUAUAAGCAAGUAUGCCAAAUUCAAAGACCCCAUUUCUUCUCUUUCGGUUUUCCGUGAAGUUUUGCCCACAAACAAUGUCUACCAGUGGAAUUCGAUCAUCAGAGCGCUAACCCAUAAUGGGAUGUAUUCUGACGCUCUUCAUCAUUACGCUGAAAUGCAAAAAAUGAAGGUUCAACCCGAUACGUAUACCUUCCCUUCUGUGAUCAAUGCAUGUGCUUUGUUACAGGAUUUUGAGAUGGGUAGGAUUGUUCAUGAGUGUAUUUUGGAGAUGGGAUUUGCUUCGGAUUUGUAUAUUUGUAAUGCAUUGGUAGAUAUGUAUGCUAGAUUUGAUGACUUGCAGAGAGCACGACUUCUGUUUGAGGAUAUGUCUAGGAGAGAUAUUGUGUCGUGGAAUAGUCUGAUUUCAGGGUAUAGUUCACAUGCAUAUUUCGAGGACGCUUUGGAAAUUUAUCAUAAAUUAAGAAUGGAAUGUUUGGUACCAGAUUCUUUCACCAUAUCAAGUGUUUUGCCUGCAUGUGGAGGUCUCCUUGAUGUUAAAGAAGGACUAAAAAUUCAUGGGUUGGUCGAAAAGAUUGGGAUCCAUUCAGAUAUUUUAGUAAGCAAUGGACUUCUUUCCUUGUACUUCAAAUGUGGUAGAUUAGAAGAUGCUCAAAAACUUUUUGAUAAUAUGGUAGUUAGAGACUCUGUUAGUUGGAAUACUGUGAUUUGUGGGUACUCUCAAUUAGAGUUGUUCGAAGAGUCAAUCAAAUUGUUUAUGCAGAUGAUAAAUAGAUUUAGACCUGAUCUGCUAACAAUAACAUCUGUUCUCCAUGCUUGUGCCCAGUUACGAGACCUCAAAUUUGCAAAAUGUGUUCAUGACUACAUUAAAAAAAGUCAGUUUGAAUUUGAUACGACAGCGAAUAAUAUCUUAAUUGAUAUGUAUGCAAAAUGCGGUGAUUUGUUAGUUUCGCAAGAAGUAUUUGACACUAUGGAAGAUAAGGAUUCUAUCUCAUGGAAUUCAUUAAUCAAUGGCUAUUUUAUUAAUUGUCGUUAUCAUGAAGGGUUAAAAUUUUUUCAAACAAUGAAGGCUGACAUGAAACCCGAUUGUGUUACUUAUGUGAUGAUUCUUUCUAUAUCUACUCAGUUAGCAAACUUGAACUGGGGAAAGUUAAGUCACUGUGAUAUAGUAAAACUGGGAUUUGAUUCACAUCUUGUUGUUUGCAAUGCUCUGCUUGAUAUGUAUGCUAAAUGUGGCAGAGUAGAGCAGUCACUAAUGGUAUUUGAGAAUAUGAAAGCUCGUGAUGUAGUAACAUGGAAUACUGUAAUUUCUGCAUGUAUUCAUUAUAAAGACUGUAGUUUAGGGUUCAGAAUGAUCAGAAAAAUGAGGGAUGAGGGGGGUCUGAUGCCAGAUGUGGCAACCAUGUUAGGGAUUUUGCCUGUCUGUUCUUCGCUCGCUGCCAAAAAACAGGGAAAAGAGAUCCAUGGCUGCAUUUUGAGGUUUGAAUUUGAAUCAGAUCUUCCAGUGGGAAAUGCACUAAUAGAAAUGUACUCCAACUGUGGUAAUUUGAAAAACUCUAUUCAAGUAUUCAAGCAAAUGAGGAUGAAAGAUGUGGUCACUUGGACUUCAUUGAUUUCUGCAUAUGGAAUGCAUGGCAAAGGCAAGAGAGCAUUGAGAGCUUUUGUGGAGAUGGAAGAAACUGAUGUUCUUCCUGAUCAUCUUGCAUUUCUUGCUGUCAUUUUUGCUUGUAGCCAUUCUGGUUUGGUUGAAGAUGGUAUGGCUUGCUUUGACAAGAUGAAGAAAGACUACAAAAUUGAGCCUAGGAUUGAACACUAUGCCUGUAUAGUUGAUCUUCUAUCACGUUCUGGGUUGUUAGCUCAGGCAGAGGAGUUUAUCCAUUCAAUGCCAUUCAAGCCUGAUGCGACUAUAUGGGGAGCUUUACUUAGUGCUUGUCGAGCAAGUGGAGAAACUACUAUUGCAUCACGUGUCUUGGAUCGAAUAGUUGAAAUUAAUUCAUGUGAUGCUGGGUAUGUUAUUUUAGCUUCAAAUAUAUAUGCUGCUUUGGGGAAGUGGGACCAAGUUGGGGCAAUACGGAAAUCUAUGAAAGCUAAAGGACUCAAAAAAGAUCCUGGGUCUAGCUGGAUGGAGGUUGAGAAAGAAGGUUUUUGCUUGUCAGAAAAACGCAUUUGUAGCAGUUGGCUUAAAUAUGGAAGUAUGGAUUCCUUUAUUUGUGAUCAUAACCAUGGAGUAUUUGCGAUUCAGAGGGUCAAAGAUAAGCAAAAGCAUCUGCAAAAUUUGGAUUCUGCCAUUGACUGAGAGUGCUGUAUUUGUUGUCCUUUCUCUGUUUGGUUCAAUGUUGAGGACUUAUAGUGAAAGAGUGUGGGGAGAAGCAAAGAGCCUGAAGCUUAAGCAGCAAGUUGCAUUUGGAUUUUUCUUGAGAAUGGAAAUCCCUGACCAAACAAUUGAAGAGAAACAAGCCUGAGCUUUUUCACAGUUAAAAGUUGUGAUAGAGUCUGG